AUGUCCGUGGCUCAGCGCCGCGUCCACGCCACUAUUUUUAAGGCGACUGUGGGAGACAUCAUGGAGUCAGUGAACAGGACGCUGAGCGAGUACCAGGGGAAAAUGCAGAAGAUCGAGACCGAAAACGAAGGCCUGAAGCGGCUCCUGAGGGCCCAGAGCUGUGCUGAACCCACUGCUGCAGGACCAGUUUUCAUGGAUGCCAUCGACGACAAGACAAAGGAAGGAGUUCUUGAACGCAGCGUGGAGCCGGACAGCGUCUCUGGACAGUCCUCCUUCAGAAUGUCCAUCUGCAGCAGCGACAAGAAGAGCAGACGAAAGCAAAAGGCCACGAAGAGACAGUUGCUGCUGUUCAGUUCCCCUCAAACUAACAACGUGUCAGAGGGUCAGAGCCCGCCACGAUCCAAACCUUCGCACCAGACAGAGAAUCUCAACGUAAAAUCUGCUCAAUGUGGACCAAUCAAUCUCUCUUACUCCAUGAGACCUAUCAAAACAGAAAGUAUAGAUGUUGGCUACACGCACACGGAGACAUUCACACAACCUCAGACCCCACACAUGAAAGAGGAGGGCGCUGAGGCUGGAUUUAACAACACUUUUGACUCAACUUCUCAAACUUGUUCUCACUUUACAAGCAACGACUCGACGUUGAAGCCAGAAACGGACUUACACGGUGACGAUUUCCAGGACGAGCCGGACGACUUUGACCCCGAGCAAGAUCCGGGGAGUGAUGAGUUCAUGCCGCUGGAAGACGAGCCCGAGGACGAAGGCGACCCGCAAAACUUUCUAGACUGGCGUGACAACUUUCUGCGUUGUCCGGUCUGUCCAGAAACUUUCAACCGCGCGAAACUACUCAACGCUCACCUGAAGAUGCACAAAGGAGAGAAGAUCUACGGCUGCUCCUUCUGCGGGAAGCGCUUUAGCCGCGCCGAGGUCCUGAAAGCCCACAAACGGACGCACACGGGGGAGAGGCCGUACUGCUGUAACCUCUGCAGCAAGACGUACGCACACCCGAGCCAGCUGAGGGUGCACAAGCGUCUGCACACCGGAGAGAAGCCCUACAUCUGCUCCUUCUGCGAGAGGGGCUUCGCGGAGCACAACCAGCUGAAGGUGCACCUGCGGACUCACACCGGGGAGCGGCCGUACAGCUGCAAGGACUGCGGCAAGACCUUCAGCAACGCCGGAAACCUGCGCAUCCACGAGAGGAUCCACACCGGGGAGAAGCCCUACUGCUGCGCCCAGUGUGGGAAACGCUUCAACGGCCUGGGGGACCUGAAGACGCACUACAGGAUCCACACCGGGGAGAGGCCCUACAGCUGCGAGCUCUGCAAGAAGACCUUCAGCCAGACCGGACACCUCACCAUACACAUGCGGAUGCACACCGGCGAGCGCCCGUACAGCUGCGACGACUGCGGCAAGACGUUCACCCAAGAGGUUCAGCAGAUCGGGACACCUCAAGAGACACGAGCUGGUCCACACCAAGGACAGACUCUACCUCUGCAGCCACUGCGGCAAGACCUACACCGACCAGUCCUCGCUGAAGAAGCACCAGAAAGUGCACCAAGGAGAGGAAGGAGAGGAACCAGGGACCAGCUCUGGGACCAGCUCUGGGACCGAGCCAAACAGGGCUUCACCGGAGCCAAACAGGGCUUCACCGGAGCCAAACAGGGCUUCACCGGAGCCAAACAGGGCUUCACCGGAGCCAAACAGGGCUUCACCGGAGCCAAACAGGGCUUCACCGGAGCCAAACAGGGCUUCACCGGAGCCAAACAGGGCUUCACCAGACUGAAGUAUUACUGA